CACACACACACACACACACACUCACACACACACACACACACACACUUCUGGGUCUGCCAGACAGGGGUAUGUGGCCACAUCCUGGAUCACUCUCAUCUCUGGAAAUGCCUCUGUGGUCGUAACACUCGUCUGUGUGCGUGUGCGUGAGCAUGGGAGGUGUGGAGUUCACCGGUGUGAUAUGGAACUAUCAGUUUAACUCCGGAAUCCUUUAAGAAGUCUCACCAGCAUGGAUUAACAAAAUAUGAGGAGAUUUGGGCAUGUUCAAAAGAAUCUGGAAUUUCUCCUCUCUUUGGGAGAGAACAGACACAUCUUUAAGCUGACUUAUAGUUUUUAACUUUUCCCUAUAUCUGGUUAUCAGAUUUUUUUUUAUUUUUUGCCAUAUAGAAAGGUCUUAAUGGUUCCUUUGUGAUUGCGACUCGUCUUUUUGUGAGCCCUUGCACACUCCCGUGUGUGUUGAUGUGUGAUGUGGUCAGCGGGUCAGGUGCCGUUGGCGAUGCCUGCUGUGUGCCCGCGUGUAUGGGGUAAGGAGUGGUGUUUUCAGGAUGUGGGAGUGGACUGCAGCUCUCCAGAACCUCGCUGUAUCUGGGUGGCGGUUUUAUACGGGGAUACACCACAAAUAAAUGUUUCCAACCUCCAAAAUGACACGAUUGAAAGCACAAAUGGCAUCAAUGCCAGCAGAGCACUGCCGAGACCCUCACAGACCUGCAGGGCAAAGGGGCGGAGAGAUAGGACCUCUUCAUCCAGUGAGAACCCUCGGCCGGUGGUCAGGAGCGGGGCAGAUGGGUUGGGCGUGUCCUGGCAGGGUCCACGUACACUGGUGCUCCAUAAGAACUCUCAGGGCUUUGGCUUCACAUUACGUCACUUCAUCGUUUACCCGCCAGAGUCCGCCCUGCACACCAGUCUCAAGGAUGAAGAGAAUGGGAAUGGAAAGGGGCUCCAUCGGGGUCGUCUGGAGCCCAUGGACACCAUCUUCGUUAAGAAUGUGAGGGAGAAUGGCCCCGCCCACCAGGCUGGAUUGUGUCCAGGAGACAGGCUGGUUAAAGUGAAUGGAGAGAGUGUGCUGGGCAAGACAUACUCGCAGGUCAUUGCACUGAUUCAGAACAGUGAGAGUGUACUGGAGCUCUCCAUCAUGCCAAAGGAUGAAGACGUGCUGCAGCUGGCAUAUUCCCAUGAUGCCUACCUAAGAGGGAACAAUCCAUAUACAGGAAAGGCCCAGAAUCUUCCUCCACCACCCCCUGUCCUCUACCCUUCACGUACAAAAACCCAGCCUCCUGCAGGGCACCCCCCCAGCCCUGCCCCAGCUUCUUCACACAUGGGGCAAAACCAGCUGGACAACUGGAGCCGCUGGCCCGGCUCCUCGUCUGGUCCCUCUCCGCCCCUUGACAACCGGACGGUAGCUUCCAAUGCUGUGUGGGCAGCCAAGGGCAGGAGCAGUGAUCCAGGAGGUGUUGGUCACAGUAGCCCUGCACACCGAACUGAGGAGAUCCAGUAUGGAAUGACUGACAGGGAACAGCAGGCAACCGGACAAAUGAGAGGACGCUCAUAUUCAUCAUCUUCCUCCUCUGGAGGGAUGCUGAGCCCAUUGCAUCAUGCUCAUCUCGCCAACCACAAUGUGGGGCACAUCGGAGGCCGCAAGGAAAGCCCACCUUGGGCCAGCCCUUCUCAGUCAUCAUCAACACCCCCAUCCAGCCGCAGUGAAUGCACCCAACAAGCCCUUUCCAACUGGUACUACAGCCAGGUACCAGGCCGGGAACGGCAACGAGAGCGAUCAAAUUCUCGCUCCGUGCAUCCACGCAACAGGAGUUUCUCACAGGAUCGUCUAGGUGAGCUUGGGAGGGCCAGGCGUUCUCAACAAGCAGGUUUUCCUCACAGUGCAUCACAAGACACAUUGCUGCUGCAUCAGCAGAGCUCGGCAGCGUACGCCGAUCCCCACUGGAACCACGGAGACUGGAGGGGUGAGUGUGCUUAUGGACAGCAGCCAUCUGUGGUGGCCUAUGGGCGCAAGUCUUCCGAAAACCUUCUCGCAAGCCGGUACGGACAUACGGGACGUUCACUGGAAACUCUCGACAGAGCAGUGGGGAUACUCUCACCACGACUGGAAAGAUCUACUUGGGUCCAGCAGCCUCCAAACAGGACUGAAAGCUAUCUGAGAUGUGGCGGACAUUGUGAGUCACACCACCAUAUCCAGCAGCAGCACCACCACCAACACACACCUCAGCAUCAAAACCUCACACACGCAGCGCACCAACACUCAUCUCAGACUCCGCAACCACAGCAGGCAGCUCCACAGGCAAGACGUUUGCCUUCUUGCCAGAGUCUAGACGAGGAGCCGAUUGGCUAUCGUAGCUACAGCCCCUCUUUUAACCGGAAGACCGGCCGUAUCUUGCAGCAAGCCCAGUCGUUUAGAGACCCCUCUUACACAGGUCCACACCUCUGGACCCCUACAACCAAAACCAGUCCUCCAGAGGGGCUUCCACCCUCUGCCUCUCCUUCCCCAGCUCCACCAACCACCUCCUCUACAACUGCUAUUCCCACACCCCCUGAAGAACAAGACAGAACUUACCGACCCACUAAUCACGACAGAGGGGCAGGGGAAGCAACAGGUGAAGCCCAGACACAGGAAGUGGUUCUGAGGCAAAAACCACCCACUGGCCGAAGGGGUGCGAACGCCGUACGACAUCCGCAUUACGGCAUAGCACUUGACUCCAGUGACCCUCUACUCUUUACCUCUGAUCCUACGGAGCCCCCUGCCAAAGCGGAGAGUGCUAUUUCUCAUCGGCGUACGAAUGGUAACCUACCACCACUAUCCAUAGAGGAUGAUUCCCUCGCGUCAAUUCCCUUCAUAGAUGAGCCGACCAGUCCAAGUGCAGAUCUGCGGGCUCGUCAUGUCCCCGCCUCCUCCGUCGUGUCCAGUGGCGGUAUAAACUCCGCCCCUCCUGUGGCCACAAGCCCCGCCUCCCCAACCUUCACCUUUCCCCUCAACCGCCUUUUCUCCCAAGACUGCAGCGAUCCCAAGUCUAAUCGUCGCUCUUCUUACCUGCUGGCCAUCACCACUGAGCGCUCCAAGUCAUGUGAUGAGGGCCUUAAUGCAUAUAGAGAAGAGGGGCGGAUCUUCUCGAGGAUUCCAAAAAGAGUUAAGAGCUUCUUUACUGAAGGGUCUCUGGACAGUCUGGCUGCUGCGGAAGAAGCUCGCUCUAAACGACACUCUACCUCGGAGCUGGGCACCAUCAGCUACAGUGACGUGAAGAGAGAAGGCUGGCUCCACUUUAAACAGAUCCACACGGAGAGGGGCAAGAAGGUGGGUAGUGCCAUCUGGCCUUGGAGGCGGGUGUUCUCCGUGCUUCGGUCCCAUUCUCUGUUCCUCUACAAAGACAAGCGAGAGGCAGUGCUCAAAGGGGCGGUGCUGGGAGGCGGGGCCGAAGAGGAGCAGCCAAUCAGCAUCCGGGGCUGCCUUGUGGACAUUGCAUACAGCGAAACGAAGCGCAAACACGCGCUGAGGUUGACCACACAGGACUUCUGUGAAUACCUGCUACAGGCGGAGGACAGAGAUGACAUGCUGGAGUGGAUCAGGGUCAUCCGAGAAAACGGCAAGACUGACAACGAGGAAUUGGGUUUCUCACGACAAGCUCUCAUCAAUAAGAAACUGAAUGACUACAGAAAGCAAAGUCCAACAGGUAAUAAACCAGACUCCUCACCCAGAGUGCAUCGAAUGACAUUUCUGCUCAGUAAGCAAGACAACAGCGCACCUCCACGUUCCCCAAAACACGAGGCCAAAGAUGAAAGCAGCCCCCCUAAAUCUCCUUGGGGCAUAAAUAUAAUGAAGAAGGCUAAAAAAGCAAGUCCUAAAGCAUUUGGUGUACGUCUAGAGGACUGCCAGCCUGCUACAAACAACAAGUGCAUUCCCCUGAUUGUGGAGAUCUGCUGUGGGUUGGUGGAGGAGAUGGGUCUGGAGUAUACAGGGAUCUACAGAGUGCCAGGAAACAACGCAGUAGUGUCCAGCCUGCAGGAGCAUCUCAACAAAGGAGGAGACAUCAACAUCGCUGAGGAGAAAUGGCAAGACCUGAAUGUUGUCAGCAGCCUGCUGAAGUCCUUCUUCCGUAAACUCCCAGAGCCCCUCUUCACAGAUGACAAAUACAAUGACUUUAUUGAGGCCAAUCGGAUGGAGAAUGCCAGUGAUAGGCUAAAGACAAUGAAGAAACUGAUACGUGAUUUACCAGAUUAUUACUUCCACACUCUAAAAUUCCUAAUCGGACACCUAAAGACUGUGGCAGACCACUGUGAUAAGAACAAAAUGGAGCCGCGUAAUUUGGCACUGGUGUUUGGCCCCACUCUCGUCCGGAACUCAGAGGACAACAUGACAGACAUGGUCACCCACAUGCCUGACCGCUACAAGAUUGUGGAGACACUCAUUCAGCAUCAUGCCUGGUUUUUCUGUGAAGAACACGAAAAAGAUGAAAAGACACCAGUGGACACAGAGGACGUUCAACCCGCCCCAAAUAUAGAUCACCUCCUCUCUAAUAUUGGUCGGACGCUCGGGGAGGCAUCCGACUCAACCAACAGUGAUUCUGCAAAACCGAAGGGGACAUGGGGAUCAAAACGUGACUUUACUGCCAAGGAUAUCCUGACGUUAUCGAUUAUGUCGGCUGUGACACGCAAACGCCGGAAGCGGCCCAACGGCCGUCUCUUCGGGAGCAGCACAGACGAUGAUUCCGAGCAUGAACCCGUUAAAUCCUGCAUCAACGAAAAAGAUGACUUGCAAGAGAUGGGGCAGGUUGCAUCCUUCUGUGCCCCUCGAGCGGAGGCAGAAGAGGAUGAAGAAGAAGAAGAAGAAGAGGAGGAGGAGGAGUGUGAGAGCCAGAAGGCACAGGAGCAGACGGAAGUAGUAGUUCCCAGCACUGAGGAAGUAGCCCCAGUGGUGUUGCUGAGAGAGGAGGAAGAGCAAAGGUCUGAAGUGAAAGGUCGCAGCUGGCGAGGAGAUGAUGCACGGUCUAUUGUGUCAGGCUACUCUACUCUGUCUACUCUGGGGCGGAGCUUAGCAUCAGAGGGGCGGGGUGAAGAUGCAGACGAUGAGCAUAGUGAACUGGUGAGUGAAACCGAUAAUGAAAGUGGAUUCGCUUCGCGCUCCCUCACCCAAGAGAGGCCGGAAAAACCAAGCCGUUCAAUCCAGAACUCGCACACCUCACACGAACCAACCGCACCACGCAGUUUCCUCUAUGCCCACUGUAAAUCGCAGACGCCUCUUGCCGCCUCUGGCUCCACCCUCGCUCCGCCUCCUCCUUCCCGCACAACCUGUCCUGAUGAUAGCGCAGCACGUUCAUCUACUGCCUCAUCCUCCUCUUAUUCAUCAUCCGCCUCCCAGCGCCUCCACAGCCGCCCCUCUUUUAACUCCCACCGCCUCAUACAGUGCGACACACUCGCACGGCGAAGACUCAAGGCAGACAAAUCCAAAGCGCCCUCGGUGGACCAUUCCGAACUGUCCAGCUCCUCCACCACAGAGGGAGAACGGCGGUCAGGUGCGAAUCAAAUCCCAGAUUCCUCUAUGUCUCCUUCCCCCAAAGCCAAAUCCUCCUCUAAAGGGGUUAACGUGCGAAAUGAGUUCACGCCAACAUCCACAGCCGGUCUAGGAAGUAAGAGCUGCUUGUUGUCCACCGGGCAGGGUUCCCUGGUAGAUCAGGUCAGGGCUCGUUUAAUGGGCUCAGCGGAUGAUCUACGCAUCGUCGGCCUGAGGAAGCAGCUCUCGCCAGAGACGCGCCGAAAGAGACGUGCAUGGAGGAGGCACACCGUGGUUGUCUCCCCUACAGACUGUUCAGUCAAAAAACCACCAGUGCUGCCCCCUAAACCGCUAGCUUCACCCUCCCCUGUUGAAAAGCAGGACAUUGGAGAGUCCCACCCAGAGUGCUCAGAGACUGAAGCCCUUACUGCACGGCGGGCCCUGCCUACCUCGCGCUUUCGUGAUUUCUUGUAGCAGUGAUGGUGUGUACAGGCUAGUGAACCAAGAGAGCUGGAUUUGGGUUUUGUUGUAGCUGCGUCCUCAGUCUGUUCACACCGCUCACACUGACAGCGAUUACGUGGUGGCCAAGUACUGUUGACUACUAGGUGUUCAAACUCACUAUAGUCAAAGACUUUAGAAUAACCAAGACAUGAGCAUGGUGAAAGUUUUUUGAGAAUUUGAUGUUUUCCCAUUCAAAGAUUUAGGAGCUGCACUUGCAUGCCCAAAAGGCAUUUCAAAGAUGGCCACCGAGUGACAUGGCUUGCCUUAAAUGGACUUCGCUGUAGUUUCCAACUGUGUCUAGUUGUGUCUAGUACUGUGUCAAAAUUGGAUUGAGAAUGAUUUCAAAUUCUAGUUCAGUUUUGGAAUUUGAACAGAAUUUAAAUUGAGGUUAAAAUGAACUGAAAUUUUUAUAAAACUGCAACAUGGGCAUUUUCAUACCUGUAGUGUUUGCUUUGUUACGGAACAGGGAUUUAAAUUGUUACAAAACCCCCUUUUACACAUGAAAUCAUGCAUGAACAGGAUCUCUGCAAAAAUACCGGUAAAUUCUUUCCUGCAAUUUACUGGUAUGAGAAGUUGUAACAUUGCCAGUAAAUUGCCGCAAUGAUGCUGUGUGUAAACGCAGAAUGAAGAUUACCGGUAUGAGCAUUUGUGAAUUCAGAGUAAUGCAAUGAAGUCAUGUAAUGCAAUGAAGAGAUGCUCUUUGGUUUUCAACUGUCAUAAAUAUAUCGCUCACCCACCGAAGUAAAACAUUUCAAAUUAUGAAUUAUGAUACACCUCGGGUUGUUGGGUCAUUAGGUCAGAUUGCAUUCUCACCAAAAGUGAACCACCUUGUUCAGGCGUUCUUGGGCUGAUUGUUUUGGUGCGGAUCUGAAUGCAGUUGCCAUGUCUAAAUGAUCAGAAAAUGUAUCAGCUUCUGAAACAAAUGGUCCAAGCAAGCCUGGUGUGAAAAUGCCCCUUAGUGUCAUUUGUAAAGACAAUUGAAAGAGUUAUCAAGACAAACAUCUGCCUCAUUUGAUGCUUUCUUAAUAAAAUAUUUGCUUCUUUUAUAUACAUUUUUGCCAUUUUACAAAUUAGGUUUAAUUUUAUUAAAAAAGGUGGAAAAACACUUAAUUUCCCAGAACAUUUCCCAUUCAACAUCUGUUGAUAUUUCUUUGACAUUUUCUUUGUUCUACCUUAAUUCCUUGAAGUCCAAUUCAAAUUCCAAAUCAACAUCUUUUAGGGUGUGACCAAAUUUGAUCGUAUUGAAUUUCCUUGAAAUUAAAAGGAAGCUGUAACUAAAUUUUGCCCAGCCCUGGUCUAUUUCCCUAUUGUCGCUGCAUCACAUUGCUGUUCAUCUGGAUAAACAUGGUCUCUUCUUUAAGCAGCUGAGCAAACAAUGUUGCUUAUGUUGCUUCAAAUCUUUUUCAAUGAAAAUGAAUCCAGUCACUUUGUCACUGCAAAUCGCUGUCGGUGUGAACAGCCCUUUAGGUUGGCGUAUCAAUACAAAAUAAAAACCCUCAGUUAAAUCACAUUUGCAUUACUUUUACUCCGAUUUUCUUCACCUGCUAGGCAAAGGGGCUUUUCAGUGUUGCCAAAGUUACUGCCAAGACCCUCACAACUCACAUGCCAUGGAGUGCUUUUGUGUUUUAAAGUCCCAGAUGAACCAAUUUUUUCAUAUGUGCCGGUGCAGUAUUGGUUAAACAGUGUUAUAUCAAACAGGAACAGUGUUGAUAGUGACAGUUUUACUAGUUUUAACUUAGGCCAUUGAGCAGCAUUAGAGCAGGUGCAUAAUUCUACCAGUAACUCACUACAUUAAGAUCCAUAAGAGGCAGUGUGGUGUGUUCUCCUUCCCACAUGUUCAUCUACUUUGAGUAACGGCUCAUUGGUGAAAUCACUUCAUAUGAGUGUGUAUGUGUGUCUGAAAUUGCCUGUGUAUACAUUAUGUGGUUGAGUAUUUUGUAACAUUUGUACAAAUCCUUUCUUAAGUUAACCUUGUAAAUAAACAUAUACUAUCUCCCACCCCCUUUAUUUUAGUUUAUAUAUGGUUUACAAAGUGCACUUAGGUGCACAGUCAUUUCUUUCAAGAUGUUACUUGAAAUGUUUUUCCUUAAUAUUUUUUGUUUGUUUGUUUUAUACACAGUAUAUAUUAUACGUAUAUUUUGUAUGAAUAUAAUAAGUACUUUUAUUUGGAAAUCUUGGGGUGUACCUGUUUUAACUCCACUAGACUGUUUUCCCUGUUAAUGGCCUUUCUCUGUGACUUACAAAUACUAUGCAGAAAUCCAUUCACCUCAGUGCAAAGAACAGAGAUCUAACCUGCAACGAGUGUCUGUCACAAGCUAUAAUAAAUUCUUAUUGCAGAGCAUA